AGAUAAUAGAGCUUCUCAUUCAACAAUGGACGAUUAGUAUUCGACCGAUUGCUUUUCGCGUUAAAGACAGAAGAUAAUGGACAGUUUCGACUUCUGUGAACCAUUCCUAGACGAUUUUCCUCAUUUUCGAAAAACGUACUUACGUUAUGCAAUUCUUCGGAAUCUCGAUGUACCGAACCUAUUUGCUCCAGAAUAUACAUACUCGAACCGCUCUCAUGGAGAUUGCUACCUGUUAGCAUCUUCCGCUAUUUUUGGAUCGUGUUUUCCUUUGUUCGAGUGGGGUCGUUUUUCUCAGCUAAUAUAAGACCGCGUUUCCGGUUAUCUCGUACAAACCAACCUGAUAAGAAUUGUGGAGGAAUUGUCCGUGACUCUUCUGAAAGAUCUUCCGUUUGGAGAACGUCCAUCAAGAUCGUAGAAUUCGACAUUAUCAAUCAAAACUGUGACUGUCGUGUGGAGCGAUAUGCCAAUUAAUUCGAAAUAUCGAUUUUUUUAAUUAAUACUUGAAUCGUUUAUUGAUCAGUGCUUAAACAAAAAUUGGUAGAUAAUUCUCCAAUCAAGUAUUUUGGAUUGCAAGAAAUAGUAAAUUAAUUUCAAGUUACAUACAAAGUUUUUUUAAUUUUGAUAUUAAAAUAUGAAGGACAUGGAUCAGAGCAUCGUUAUGCCUUGUAUAGAAUUGAACGAUAAAUGUUCAAUGGAAAAUUCGGAAUUAGUGCCGAUGAGUAGCUUCGUCGACCCUGAAUACUAUUCAAUGAGAACGAAAAUUACGUGUUCAAUGUGGUUAGAAAAGAAGAGUGAAAAUUCGAGGAGGAUGCUGGCGCGUUUUCUUAGCACUAGAGAUCAAGAUCAAGCGACGAACGCGGAAGAUGUCCUCUUCGACAUGUUUAAAAACGAGGAUACCGGCCUCCUAGCGGUGGGAAAGUUUUUGGCCGCUUUGAGGACCACCGGUUUGCGAAACGAAGACCCUAGACUUCAAGAAUUUACGGAUAAUUUACGAAAGGAACACUUGAAGUGCGGAGGUCACGAGGGUGUAUCUCACGAGACUCAAAAAUUGAAUAGAGAACAAUUUAGACGAAUUAUAAAUCCGAACAUAGUGCUGAUCUCGCGGGCGUUUAGGCAUCAAUUCAUUAUCCCCGACUGGUCGGGCUUCACCAAGCACAUAGAGGACUUCUACUGGAAAUGCAAAUCGAACUCGGAGGGCAAGGUCGCCUCGUACAUACCGCAAUUAGCGAGGAUGAAUCCAGAUUACUGGGGCGUUUCCGUUUGCACGAUCGAUGGACAGAGAUUCAGCAUCGGCGACACCUCGAUCCCGUUUACUUUGCAAAGUUGUAGCAAGCCCUUGACUUAUGCGAUCGCUUUAGAUAGGCUGGGACAGGAAGUGGUCCAUCAAUACGUUGGCCAGGAACCAUCCGGAAGAAACUUCAACGAGUUGGUGCUAGAUUACAACAAGAAACCUCAUAAUCCUAUGAUCAACGCUGGGGCAAUCUUAAUCUGUUCUCUCCUAAAGUCUCUAAUCAAGCCUGAAAUGACUUUAGCCGAAAAAUUCGAUUUUACAAUAAACUACUUCAAGAGGCUAGCUGGUGAAGAGAAUCUAGGCUUCAACAACGCUGUGUUUUUAUCGGAACGGGAAGCUGCUGACAGAAAUUACGCACUUGGAUUCUACAUGAGGGAGCACAAUUGUUAUCCCGAUAAAUCGAAUCUAAAAGAAAUCUUGGAUUUCUAUUUCCAGUGUUGCUCCAUGGAGGCGAAUUGUGACACAAUGUCAGUGAUGGCAGCCACUUUGGCCAACGGUGGUAUUUGUCCCAUCACCGAAGAAAAAGUUUUAAAGCCUGACAGCGUUCGAGAUGUUCUGAGUUUAAUGCACAGCUGUGGAAUGUACGACUACAGUGGCCAAUUUGCGUUCAAGGUUGGCAUACCAGCGAAGUCCGGAGUGUCAGGAUGUCUCUUGGUAGUGAUACCAAACGUGAUGGGUAUUUGCACGUGGUCUCCACCCUUGGAUCCCCUUGGGAACUCCUGCAGAGGCGUCCAAUUCUGCCAGGAACUCGUCUCUGAGUUCAACUUUCAUAGCACCUACUAUGAUCACAGGUACGACAAUCUGAAGCACGCGACUAACAAGAAAGAUCCGAGGAGGCACAAAUACGAAACCAAAGGGCUGUCGAUCGUUAAUCUUCUGUUCAGCGCAGCCAGUGGCGAUGUUACGGCGAUGAGAAGGCAUCGAUUGAGCGGAAUGGACAUGACCCUGUCGGAUUAUGAUGGUCGAACAGCUCUGCAUUUAGCUGCUAGCGAAGGACAUCUGGAUUGUGUCGAAUUUUUAAUCGAACAGUGUGGAGUUCCUCACAAUCCUAAGGACAGAUGGGGAAAAAGGCCGAUCGAUGAAGCAGAAACAUUCGGACACAUGCAAGUGGUGGAAUACUUAAACAACUACGCUAUAGCCUUAAAGACGGAACAGAAAAACGAAGAAAAGGAGAAUAAUACGGAGGAAGGGGAUCAAAUAAAAGUAGCUGAAUCAACGACGCAAACACCGAUACCAUAAGAUCAUAGCAGCUUUAGAUAGGAUAUUUUUCAUAGAAAGUGCGCGGCGUGAUUGACUUACAAUAAGAAAAUGACGGAAGGAUCUCGAGAUCACAGUGAAUCGAUUAUUUUCCUACAAAAACACACGUUACGGCUGAUUUAGUUUAUUUUUACGAUUAAUGGAAUUUGCAGCCUAGAAUCAAAAUCAUUAUAAUCUUGUUCUUACCACCAAAUAGUGUAAAUUAUAUUUAUAGCCGUUUC